AGUUGUAAACAAAAACAAAAAAGGGUACCGGUCAAGUUGCCUUCUCCUACAAAAGAAAAAAACAAAUAAUUUUUUUUACAAAAAAAUGUCGGAUUUCGUAAAGAUCAAUAUUUCUAAUUCCAAAAAUGAUACUGUUUCGUUUGAGAAACGAUUCCCAAAAAGUUUAUCUGUUUUAGAGUUUAAGGAAAAACUUGAAAUAAUAACUGGUGGAUCAGCCAGUAGUAUGCAAUUAGAAUUAUUUAAAGGUGAUAAACUUGUUUGUAAAAUAGACAACAAUGAAGCACUAUUGGGCUCAUAUCCAAUUGAUGAUGAUAUGAGAGUUCAUGUAACAAAUGAUAUAAUUUUUAUUGCUGAACAAGUUGAAAAAUUUGAAUUAACAGAUCAACAAUAUGAACAAAGAGAAGAUUCUUUAAAAAAUUUUCUAAAAAAAAAUAAAAUGGGAAAAUAUAAUGAAGAAGAAAUGAAAAAAAUUGAAGAAAAAAAGAAACAAGCUGCUGAAGAAGAAAAAUUGAAAGCAGAAUCCUGUAAAAUUGGUUCAAGAUGUAAAGUUCAAGUAAAAGGAAAACCUACUAGACUUGGUACUGUUAUGUAUAAUGGUGAAUUAGAAGGUAAAAAGGGAAUAUUUAUUGGUGUUAAAUAUGAUGAACCAUUGGGAACAAAUAAUGGAUCGGUUGAUGGAAAAAGUUAUUUUGAAUGUGAAGAAAAAUAUGGAGGUUUUGUGGCUCCGGGAUGUAUUGAAAUUGGUGAUUUUCCCCCAGAAGAAGAUGAAUUGGAUGAAAUUUAAAUUUAUAUAUGACUUGAACUUGAAAAACUUUUGUUACAAAAGUUAAGUUGUUUUGGAUCUUAAAGCUUUUGCUUAUCAUCACAAAAUUUUAAAUUGAGCAUUUUUUUUAUGGAACUUUACUAAUUUCAGUGAUAAAAAUUAAUAAAUUUAAAUUUAUUUAAUUUUAAUUAAAUUUUUUUUAUAUAUUCUUUUAAAGAACAAAUUAAAUGGCUUUUAUUAAACAUUCAAAAUUUUGAAAUUGUAAAAUUAAUUUAACACAUAUUGUAAAUCUCAAAUU